AAACGUGUCGAUAUUUCGAUACUCUCGCUUGGAUUACCUUUUGGAUUCACAUUUCACGCGUCUCGAUUGUUCAUAAUACAAAGCAUUCUGAACGUCGAUGACAAUAUAAAAUUACUGGUUUAAAAAUAAAUUCUUCACUCUCUAUCUCUUUCCCUUUAUUAACAUGACUGUCAUUGGAACGCAGACUGACAGCGAUAGAAGAUUGCUAAGUUUUCAAAAUUAUGAAGAAUAUUUAGACUCGCUAGUGACGCCUGUAGAUAUCUGCUACCUCAAAAGCAACAAAACCGCGCGCCAGUUGGCCGAGCUCGGAUACCGCUGCACCGGCGAGACUUUGAGCGAGGAGAGCUUUUAUCGUCGCUUACGAAUCGUGAGAGAUCUACUAUUUCCCGUUCACCGGCAUUACGAACUCACUUCGGAAUUCGUGUCACCAGUCGGUAUGUUAAUGAAGGAACUUGCCCUGCGCGAGCGAGCCAACAGAUUAAGGACUCUGUCGACCAUCAUAUUCAUUCGAAGCUUCAUAACAAAAUUACAGUUCGAAGAAUCAGCUUAUAUUGAUUUUUACGAUCGACUCAAGUCGGAAAAUUGGCUACCAUAUUAUCAAGGAGAGAAAAAAUUGUCACCACUCAAGCGAGAUCUCGCAUACUAUCACUGGAGAAUGGGGAAGACGUGUUUGAACGAGACCCGUAAUUAUGUACCGAUUAUAGAUUCCAAACGUGGACUGUUGUUUAAAAAUAUUCACGACAGACAGGUGAUUACGGUCGAUCCGACUGCCGCAUCACCUGGUGUACAAACGACGCGAGUUCGGAUACACUGCCCGUUUUAUGAGCACGUAAUACUGUACGAUCAUGUGAUUCGAAGCAAAAUUACAUAUGACAAUUAGAAAUGUCAAUA